UUGCAACCGGGGGCCGACGUCGGAGCCGAUGUCAAACCAACCCUACCGACCCCGCCCUAAUCGGCUGGUGUGUUUCUAUGCGGGAGGUGUCGGGAGCCGCCGUUGGCCCAACCCUCCCACGCGGACAUUACAUGGGGGCCCGCGGUCGGCGAGCUGGCAACGCCGGGAUUACGUGA